UGGAACGCUGCUCUGAUUGGCCGGACGCCGGGAGGGGGCGGUACCUGGUCCUGUGUGACGUCGUUGGCCGCUGGCGCUGUCCGUCAGUGUGGGGGAGGCGGGGCCUGGUCGCCGCUCACGUGAGGCGGGGCCGGUGCGUUGUCGCCGCCGUCGGGACGAGGCCUCCGGUCAGCGCCGGGGAGGAGCUCAGGGUAUAGGAGCUGUUGCAGUGGACGGAGAGACGGGAACUUGAGCGGCCAUUGAGCGUGGCCAGGGUGCCAGUGAGCCCCUCCCAUCUGCCUGGUGUGCGGGCUGAGCUUUGAGGGGCUGAGCUGCGGUGGAGGACCACAUGAUGCGGCACAACAAGGAGAAGCGUUAUGAGUGCGACGUGUGUGGCAAGGCCUGGCACCACCCGAGCGAGCUGGAAAUCCACCAGCGGAUGCACACGGGAGAACGCCCCUUCGACUGCUCAGAGUGUGGCAAGAGCUUCAGGAAGGCACAGGACCUGAAGAUCCACCGGCGGGUGCACACAGGAGAACGCCCAUUCGACUGCUCGGAGUGCGGCAAGAACUUCACCUGCUACGACAACCUGCUGCGGCACUACCGCGUGCACACCGGCGAAAGGCCCUUCAGCUGCCCCGACUGCGGUAAGGACUUCACGAGGGCGUAUGAACUGAAGAUCCACCGGCAGGUGCACACGGGAGAACGGCCCUUCAACUGCUCGGAGUGCGGCAAGAGCUUCCUCUACUAUGGAAGCCUACGGCAGCACAACCGCGUGCACACCAGCGAGAAGCCCUAUGGCUGCUCCACCUGUGGCAAGAGCUUUACUUGGUUGUCGGGGCUGCAGGAGCACCAGACAGUGCACAGCAGUGAGCGGCCUUUCACCUGCACCGACUGCGGCAAAGGCUUCAAGUCGUCGCCAUGCGGCAAGAGCUACAUCCGCUCCAACCACCUGAUGGAGCACCAGCUCACCCACACCAGCAAGAGCCCCUACACUUGCGCCCAGUGCGCGCGUGCACACCAGUAG